AAUUUCACCAUUUUUGGCUUUGGGGUGUGAUGGAAUAAAUCAAAAUGGAUCUCUAAACUAUCUGCGCUUCUUUAAUUAAUGAAGUAGCAGUUAGUCAAACACUGCAACUUUCGAUGUUGAGCCGGGGGUCUCUUUGGAAACAGCCUCUCUACUUUCGAGUAGGGGCAAGGUCUGCGUACACACACCCUCCCCAGACCCUACUCUUGUGGGAUUUAACUGGGUUGUUGUUGUUGUUGUAUGAAAUAUGACCAUAUAGGAAAUAUUACAAAAAAAGAUUGUACUAUUCAUGUUUUCUAGCAUUAGUAUUGAUCUAUAUUUCACCGUCAAGGGGCUACCAAACCUUAUUAUGCACCCGAGCCAUUUGAUGUUGGACGGGUCUUGCAAGCUGAUAUGAUGGUAGAAGACCGAAUAGUAACUUUGACCACAACUGGUCCUAUUGAUCCAGCUGCUGGACUGGGGAACUAUGUUGAAGCAUUGGUUCGAAGGCAUGAAACUGAAUUCAAUGUAGUUAUUGUUCAGAUGAACGGGGUGGAUCAACCUUCACAAUCUAUCUAUGUACUGCACAUCGGAAAGAUGAGGAUAAAACUUUGUAAAGGGAAGACAAAUGUAGCUAAAGAAUACUAUUCUACUUCAAUGCAGCUUUGUGGAGUUAGAGGUGGUGGGAAUGCUGCUGCUCAGGCAGCAUUUUGGCAAGCAAAGCCUGGGGUUUCCUUUGUGCUAGUUUUUGAAACUGAGCGUGAACGAAAUGCUGCUAUCAUGCUUGCCAGACGGUUUGCUUAUGAUUGUAAUGUUGUCCUCGUAGGCCCUUCUGAUAGACCUGCUAUGUGAACUCCUGCCGACUUUCCAGAAUGUGUAAUUAUACCGAUUCCCUAAUGCUUUUUUUCCUUGGGGUUUUGCUUAUAUACUACUACGUAUUUUUUUCCUUUCAUUUCUCAUUAGUUCAGGCAUUCUUUUAUUUGCCUUGGUUCGUUUGUAAUUCUAUUUUUUGUUUUUCUCAUAUUGGGAAUGUGUAGUAGGUGUUGGUGUUUCUUUGUAAGUUACAAACAAAGCGAUUUAAUAUCUUUGGAUUAUUAUGUAUGGUAUGGAGUAAUUGCCCUUGAUUCUAAUAACUUUUUAAAUGAAGGGAUCAGAUUUAAUAUCACUUUUUUUAGCUUUAACUCACCUAAAAUUAACGGAGCCCCCUUCUUUUACUCCGUCACUGCUUCUCGCCCAUCGUCUCUGUCUCUGUUCUCCUCCGCCGAAUCCACACGACGUUCUCUGCAAUCUCCUCGGCGACCGGCGACGGCUUUGUCCUGACAUCUCUCCCGACGAGGUAAGUUCCCCCACACCCUCUCCUCCGGUUUGACUUUACUUCGAGAUGACCCAAUUUUCAUUAACCCUAGUUACGAGCUUCACAAAGUUCAAUUCAUUGCUUUUAAUUUAUGGAUGAGGGAACCAUCAAGUUAAAUCCAAAUUCGAGUUUAUUUUCUGCUAUACUACACUUUAAUCCCCCAGUGGCUUUCUAGCCCAAGUUGAAUACUUUGGCUUUGGCUUAAUUGAGUUCUUAAAUUCCUUUUAAUUGAGUUUUUUCUGCACGUUAAUUGAAUAUUUUCUAGCACGUUAAUUGAAUUUUUUCUGCUAUACUUUGGCUUUCUG